GCCCUCGCCAUUUUCAAUUGACUGUUAAAUUGAGCGCAUUUAAAUUAAUUCAAAUUAAUUGAAAAUGCUUUUAAACAAAAUUUUAAAUGGAUUCCAAGAUGAGGCCGUCUAUAUUAUAGCGGAAAUUGGGCAGAACCACCAGGGAUCCCUGGCAACGGCCAAGCAAAUGAUUUCUGAGGCCAAGAAAGCUGGCUGCCACUGCGUAAAGUUUCAAAAAUCCGAUUUGCCAGCAAAGUUUACCAGAUCCGCUCUGGAACGUAAAUAUGUCAGUGAUCACGCGUGGGGAAAAACAUACGGGGAGCACAAGGAAUAUCUGGAGUUCUCCAAGGAUCAGUAUCUGGAAUUGCAAGCUUACAGUCGAGAACUUAAUGUGGACUUUACAGCUUCCGCAAUGGAUGAGCGCUCCUUGGACUUUCUGUUGGAGUUAAAUGUGCCCUUUAUUAAAAUUGGCUCUGGAGAUGCAAACAAUUUUCCGCUUCUGAAAAAGGCAGCUGGCUUAGACUUGCCCCUGGUCAUCUCUACGGGAAUGCAGACUAUGACCACUGUUGAACGGAUUGUUCAGAUAAUGGAAGAGGCUGGAAAACACAACUUUGCCCUUAUGCACUGCGUCUCGUCUUAUCCAACUUUGCCGAAAGAUUGCCAGUUGCAGACUAUUUCCUUGCUGAGGCAACGCUUUCCGAGCGUGGUUAUUGGUUACUCAGGACACGAGCUGGGGAUAUCCAUUAGCAAGGCAGCAGUAUUGUUGGGCGCCCGCAUAGUGGAGCGCCAUUUCACGCUGGACAAGAAUCAGAAGGGCUCUGACCACCGCUGCUCUCUAGAGCCUACGGAACUGCGAACCUUAUCAAGAGCAAUCGGCGACUUCAAACUAGGGAAGAAACCACUCGCUGCCAGUGAAAUAAUAAGAACCCUAAAUGGCGGUAAUGAACUGGCAGAAGCUCUGCGGGAUGUCCAUGAUAAAGACAUUAUGCUCUGCGAGUUGCCUUGCAGGAAUAAGUUGGGCAAAUCCAUUGUGGCAACCCGCAAUCUCAGCAAAGGCCACCGCCUGCAACUGAACGACUUGGCCAUCAAAGUCAGCGAGCCAAGGGGCCUCACAGCCGAAACAUACUGGGACAUACUUGGAAAAGAAUUAACGGACUCUGUUUGUGAGGAUGAACCCAUAACUGGGAGCAUGCUAAUUCUUUAGUCAAUGAAAAAUACAUGCGUAGAUGAGUAGGUGAUACAUAAAGUGCGAUUGAAUACGAAUAAAAUGGCAAGGAGUUACUCGG